AGCAAGCCAAGGGAGAUGAUGGAGCCCCAGGAAUACCGAGCUAGAGGGAAAGAGAUGGUGGAUUAUAUCUGCCAGUACCUGAGCACUGUGCGGGAGAGGAAGGUGAUUCCAGAUGUGCAGCCUGGGUACCUGCGAGCCCAGCUACCUGUGAGUGCUCCUGAAGAACCUGACAGCUGGGACAGCAUCUUUGGGGACAUUGAAGGAAUCAUCAUGCCUGGGGUGGUACACUGGCAGAGCCCCCACAUGCACGCCUACUAUCCGGCCCUUACCUCUUGGCCAUCCCUGCUAGGAGAUAUGCUGGCUGAUGCCAUUAACUGCUUAGGAUUUACAUGGGCUUCCAGUCCAGUGUGCACAGAGCUGGAGAUGAGUGUCAUGGACUGGCUGGCAAAGAUGCUGGGGCUCCCUGAGCACUUCCUGCACCACCAUCCCGGCAGCCAGGGGGGAGGAGUCUUACAGAGCACCGUCAGCGAAUCCACUUUGAUCGCCCUGCUGGCAGCCAGGAAGAACAAAAUCCUAGAAAUGAAAACAUUGGAGCCCGAUGCUGAUGAGUCCUCUCUGAAUGCUCGGCUCGUCGCCUAUGCCUCUGAUCAGGCUCACUCCUCAGUGGAGAAGGCUGGCUUGAUUUCCCUUGUGAAGAUGCGAUUUCUGCCUGUGGAUGACAACUUCUCACUCCGCGGAGAAACUCUUCAGAGAGCCCUUGAGGAAGACAAGCAACAGGGCUUGGUGCCUGUCUUUGUCUGUGCAACAUUAGGGACCACUGGAGUCUGUGCAUUUGACAGGCUGUCAGAGCUGGGCCCCAUCUGUGCCAGUGAGGGGCUGUGGCUCCACAUUGAUGCUGCUUAUGCUGGGACAGCCUUUCUGUGCCCUGAGCUCCGGGGAUUCCUGAAGGGUAUCGAGUUUGCUGACUCCUUUACUUUUAAUCCUUCCAAAUGGAUGAUGGUACACUUUGACUGUACUGGGUUCUGGGUUAAGGACAAGUACAAGUUGCAGCAGACCUUCAGUGUGAACCCUGUCUACCUCAGACAUGCCAACUCUGGGGCGGCCACAGACUUCAUGCACUGGCAGAUCCCCCUGAGUCGGCGCUUUCGCUCCAUUAAGCUCUGGUUCGUGAUUCGGUCCUUCGGGGUGAAGAAUCUUCAAGCACAUGUCAGACACGGUACAGAAAUGGCUAAAUACUUUGAAUCUCUGGUCAGAAAUGACCCUUUCUUUGAAAUUCCUGCUAAGAGGCACCUUGGUUUGGUGGUUUUCCGUCUGAAGGGUCCCAAUUGUCUCACAGAGAGUGUGUUAAAGGAAAUAGCCAAAGAUGGCCGGCUCUUCCUUAUCCCAGCCACUAUCCAGGACAAGCUGAUCAUCCGUUUCACUGUGACAUCCCAGUUUACCACCAAGGAGGACAUCCUGAGAGAUUGGAACCUCAUCCGAGAGGCUGCGACCCUCGUCCUGAGCCAACACUGCACUUCCCAGCCGAGCCCUCGGGCCAAGAACCUCAUCCCAACCAGAGGUUCCAGGGACCUGACCAGUGGGCUGUCCCUGGAGUCUGUCAACGAGGGAGGAGAUGACCCAGCUCAGGCCCGGAAGAUCAUCAAGCAGCCCCAGCAGCUGGGGGCCAGUGUGGUGAGAAGGGAAGGUGGCUGUGAUCUCGAAACCCUGCUGGAUCCACUUGAUGAGUGCUUCUCAGAAGAAGCCCCAGAUGCCACCAAGCACAAGCUGUCAUCUUUUCUGUUCAGUUACUUGUCCGGACAGAGCAAGAAGAAGACGGUACGUUCCCUCAGCUGCAACAGCGUGCCGGUGAGUGCUCAGAAGUCACUCCCCACAGAUGGCUCAGUGAAGAACGGGGGCUCCUUCCGGGCCAGAAUCUUCUCCAGGUUCCCGGAAGAAAUGAUGAUGAUAAAGAAAAGUGCCUUCAAGAAGCUGAUCAAGUUCUACAGCGUGCCCAGCUUCCCGGAAUGCAGCUCUCAGUGUGCUCUACAGUUGCCCUGCUGCCCUCUGCAGGCCAUGGUGUAGAGCCUCUGACCAGAAUGCAAGGAUGUGCUUCAGGGAGCUUGAGAACCCCUCAACAUCGUGUGCAGCGUGUGUGCUUCUGCGUGUGUGCACCUUGACAGGGAGCCAGUCCAUAAUUUUGAUCAUAGCCUCCCAGGGUUCAUGACUCACGGUAAUUGGGGAGUUUAAGCCCGGAUGCUCCAGAGCAUUGCAGCAGCUUGUCAGACAGAGGGGCUGAG